AUGUCCGACUCCAAGAUUCUCGAGCUCGUUGAGCAGGCCUCCCGUGAGAGCGAACGUGGCGGCUACCAGCGCGCGGCCGAGCUGCUGAAAGAAGCCUCCGCUAUUGACGCCGACAGCCCGCUGAUCAAGGAAGAGUGGCAGCGCCUACAGCGUGAGGAAAGCCGCGGGCCCUGCGUGCGCCUGGUCAAGAGCUAUGUCAACGCCAAGAACGAGGCCGACGGCACCGAAGCCGUUCGCUUGCUGGGAAACACCCAGCUCGCCCGCGACGUCGCCGAAGAGGCUAUGACCGUUCUGAUGGACCUUAGCGGAGAGGACCAUCUUGCCGACAGGAUCACCGGAGCUCUGCUGAAAACCCAGCUGCACGCCCGCCAGUACCUCGCCACCCAGCUCAAGGACCAUCCCCAUGUCACCUUCGAACGCCUGUUCGAUCGCGGUGAUGAGAGCAUCGACGGUCUCUUUGCCGUCCUCCUGGAUACCGAUUCCUGGGCCUUCAAGGAGAAACGCAUCCAAGCCCUGAGGGACAUCUUCAUGCUGUCCCUUGCCCAGAUGAUGGAGGCCGGCCUGGCCCACCCCGAGCGCGCAAUGAAGGCCAUCGCACGAGCCCUGGCCGCCGAAGCAAACCACCUGAACGGCAUCAUCGACGCCGACGGCUUCGACGUCAUUCUCUCUUCCCUAGACAUCCGCCAGCCCGUGUCCCUCCGCAGCCAGGCCACCCUCGCAACCGCCAAGCUGCUCGAGCUCUCCCCUGAGAACUCGCAGAAGCUGAUCACGCGUUACGUCACUCACAAGGUCGCAGCGCCCACGACAGAUUGCCUGGUUCAAGCUUACUCUGCUGCCGCUGCCAUCUUUCCCAUUGCUCCCGCCCAGGCAUCCGCUCUGUUCUUAACGCAGGGCUUCCUGGAGACGUACGUCGACACCAUCAUCACCCGCGGGAGUCAGCGGCUUGAGCAGGCUGCCUUGGAGUUGUUGAGCGCCGCUUGCAUUGACAAGAAUUGUCGCGAUGCCAUCAACAAGCAUUGUAAAGAGUGGCUGGAGGAUCUCUCAAGGUCCAGUAGCGACAAGAAUAGAGCAAACAAGGCUGCCCUUAUUCUUGUCAAGAUCCACGACUCCCCUGUCGGUGAUGACAGUGCCAUGACUUCGGCGUCUGAGGAUGAGCAUCAGGAUGAACUGGUUUCUAGGUUCAAGAAGGUGGUGCUUGACUCGGACAACACGGUCAAGCAAGAAUCGGUUGAAGGACUUGCUUACUCGUCCCUGAAGUCGAGGGUCAAGGAAGAACUAGCACGAGAUAAGACGUUCUUAAGAGAACUGGUCAAGGUCAUGAGUAGCGACGGAGUCCCCAAACCGCUGAUCUUCGGCGGUAUAACCAUCUUCAGCAACCUCACAACCUACCGUCCGGUUCGGACAGAUGAGCAAAAACGCAUCGCCCAGCUCAAGGCCUAUGCGAAUACUAAGAAACCAGCCCCUGAGGAUCCGUUGGAGAACGAUGCCGUUGUCACAAUCCGCUGCGCAAGAGUAUUGCAAGCUGGCGUAGUGCCCUUUCUGGUGAUGGAGUGUAGGAAAGCUUCGCCGAGCGUCUUGUCGCAAGUCCUCCAAAUUUUCCUCAAUCUAUCCAAGGAGCAGAAGCAUCGCGGCACCAUGGCGCAGCAAGGUGCCGUAAAGGCGUUGAUUCAAGUCGCCGAAAGCGUCAACAAAACCGCCAUCCACACGCAAUCCUCUUACUGCCAGGCCAAUCUUCGCACCGCUGCCCACGCUCUCGCCCGCAUCCUCAUUUCCGUAAACCCCAGCCAUAUCUUCUCGGCCUCAAGCGCCCUUCCCGUCACCUCCGCCAUCCGCCCGCUCGUCCAGCUCCUUGAAGACGACCCCACGGCUGACCAGCGCGACUUACUGCCCGUGUUUGAAUCGCUCCUCGCGCUGACCAACCUGGCAUCCCUAGACGACGACGCACGCAACGCCAUCAUCAAGCUGGCGUGGACACGCAUCGAGGACCUGAUGCUUGCCAAUAAUCCACUCGUGCAGCGCGCGUCGGUCGAGCUGGUCUGCAACCUCAUGGCCGGCCAACAGGGCGUUAUGCUCUUCGCCGAUGGCAGCCCGCAGGCAGGCCAGCGCCUACACAUCCUCCUCGCGCUCGCCGAUGUCGAAGACUUGGCUACGCGCCGCGCUGCGGGUGGUGCACUGGCCAUGCUGACCGAGUGCUCGGAUGCCGUCGUUGACGCUGUCAUCAAGCGGGACCGCGGGGUAGAGGUCUUGCUUGCGCUGGCGUCCGACAGUGGGAGUGAUGAACUGAGGCACAGGGGCGCCGUUUGUAUCAAGAACUUGGUGGUGGCAGAGGGGGAGAUAGGACAGAGGGCAAAGGAAAAGGUUAGAGAGGAAGACGGAGAGGAAGUGCUUAAGCAGAUGUUGGUGAAGGAGAAGAGCACGCCGAUUUUGCAGGAAGGCAUAGAAGCGUUGAAGGCGCUGCAGUAG